GCUUUCACCUUACCCUAAAGUUUGCCUUUGCCUGCGAAUUGUUUAUCUUGCGUCUCUAACGUCUUGGAACAGCGGCGAUGGACUGAAUAUUUCAACACAGGAUUCUCUCGCUCUUUUGAAAUCUAUGGUAGCCUGAUCUUACAACUACCCUUGACGUUCCUGCCACCGUUUCAAACCCAGUCGCGCAGGGGCCAAAGUCCAUUCGGCUCGUUGCAGCUUAGCAGCCAGACCCCGCCAUCAUGUUUAUGAUCAAAAACGUCAGCAAAUAUCUCUUUGGGGACAGCUCCAAGGAGGUUAUUACGGAAAUCCCCCAGGGCCAACUCUACCUCGUCCGUCCUCUUUCUCCAAAGGGCUACUCUGAACUCAUCUACAAAGACGCUGUCGCCACAAUUCGACGCACGGGGCAAGAAUAUCAAUACCAACUUGUUAUACAGCGUGCGUACGAGGAGGGUGAAGAAGAACUUGCUGAGGACGACGAGGACGCUGGCGCUGAGGGUCUGGACAAGGACGAGAAGACAUUUCUCCUUGAUCAGAGUCUUCAUUUCAGAUCAGAAAAGCGGUCAGGAGGCGAAACAGUUUUAGCCUGGCGUGACCUGAGCGGCGACCCUGGAGAUGUUUAUGAAUUUGUUUGCGACCCUUCAAUCCAAGAAGAAAAGAUCCAGACUUUUCUUCUAGCCGCGAUCGAUUGUCAAUUCGAGAGAAAAUAUCGGAGGUCCGCUCAGAAGGCUACAGAAACUGAACUCCAAGAAUUCUACUUCGACUCGGACGACGCAAUCCCCGCCGCGAGUUCGGUGUCUGCGCCUCUCGAUCCAAAACCAACAUCCAAAGAAACGGCUCAGAGAAUGGCGAAGGAUGUCAGAACGCCUACCAAAUUAAACCAGGCCAAGGCGAGAGACAGUGGUCCUACGGAGGCACCCCCUGCCAAAUCUGCGCCGCGCUCUGGAGAAGUCCUCACCAAACAAAUCGGAGAGCUCCACCUCUUUGAUUUCCCGUCCGGAACUUUCGUGCUUCAAGAUCCGUCAGUAGUGGCUGUUGUGACAGAUCUUGGAGGCUGGCAAUACUGGCUUCAAAUAACUAGUUCCACCGGCAAGGAAUGGCUAGGCCAAGCUAUAGUGCCGGAUAUCAAUCCAGUCUUCAACUUCGACUAUCUGUCUGCAAUUUUCAAUCACUACACCGAUGAUGGCUCCGCCUAUUCUUGGCUGCUACGGUUCAAGGAUCAGGCAGUCUUGGAGAACUUUCAAGAAGGCGUCAUGCAGGCUUUGUGGGAGCAAUUGAACGAGACGAAGUGGUCCAAAGUAAAAGACCAGGAGCGUGAAUACGUACUGGAAGCCUUCAAUGAUUUGACGAUGAAGGAUGUAAAUGAGGGGGAAGAGGAAGCCGAGGAAGAAGAAGACGAAGAAGACGAAGAAGGAGACGGUGCACGAAGUGAGCACUAUGAUGAGGACGAAUCGGAGGAUGAUGUUGAGCUGGACAACAAAGACGGGAACAUCAACUCUCAACUCGCCGUUGGAACUAAAAACGAUCGGUCCUUCGUCAUCCGCGGCUCUAAGAUUGGUGUCUUCAAGCAUCUGCCCAACAAACAUCUCGAAUUCACCACAAACAUAUCCAAGGUCGAGACUCCUAAGGGCAAACUCUUCUCCCCCACCAAAGUCAUGCUGCACCAAGAGGACCAGAACAUGGUGUUGCAAGACCCCAAUAACCCCAAUUCACUCUAUCGCAUGGACCUCGAGUAUGGUAAGGUUGUCGAUGAGUGGAAGGUCCACGACGACAUUGCUGUAAGCGGGUUUGCUCCAGAAACGAAAUUCUCUCAACGGACGUCAGCACAAUCAUUCAUCGGUCACAGCAAGAACGCCCUCUUCCGCAUCGAUCCUCGUGUUUCGGGCAACAAGUUGGUCGAAGCACAACUCAAACAAUACCUUUCCAAAAAUGACUUCUCCGCAGCUGCCACGACUGAGAAGGGGUACAUCGCACUGGCAUCCAACAAAGGCGAUGUCAGACUCUACGACCGUCUCGGAAUCAAUGCCAAAACACAAAUUCCAGCUCUGGGCGAGGCAAUCGUCGGUCUCGACGUCAGCGCUGACGGUCGCUGGAUCCUCGGGACCUGCAAGACCUACCUCAUUUUGAUUGACAACCUGCAGAAGGACGGUAAAAACGAAGGCAAACUAGGUUUUGAGAAACCUUUUGCAAAGGACUCAAAACCUCAGCCCCGCCGCCUCUGCUUGAAUCCUAAUCAUGCAGCACAAUUCCAACACGAAACAGGUCAACCGAUCUCAUUUACGCGCGCCCACUUCAACACUGGACUCGACAGCCAGGAAACCAGCAUCAUCACUUCCACUGGUCCCUUCCUGGUCACCUGGACUCUUAAGAAGGUCCUCGAGGGCAAGAGAGACCCUUACCAGAUCAAGCGCUACGCAGCGGAAGUCAUGGCGGAUAAUUUCGAGUUUGGUAGCGACAAGAAUGUCAUCUUGGCACUGCCUAACGAAGUCGAUAUGGUGAGUCGCAAGAGCUUCAAGCGACCUACCAGGGAGAGUAUUAUGGGUCCGGCAGCGAGGGUUUCCGGGGUAGGGAUGACACCGAGGAGAAGUGGAAGACAGAGUCAUUUGAGAGACGAGAUUGUGAACAGUCCUUACUAGGGUGCCGGGGACCAAGGACGGUGUAGCGGAGAGAUUGACGAUGGAUGUGGCGUGCAGUGUGCGAGCUAAUUUUGGGUGCAAUUUUCAAAUGGUACCGAGUUGGACGGGUCGGGCUGGUGGACUCAUUUCUAUGGAAGACUCAUUUUCUCCUUUGUCGCCCUUUUCCAGGCCUUGAAUGACGAUCUCUGUCGAUUGAUACCCCCUCGAAGCACAAGGCGCGGAAUUCAGAUACUGGGUAGAUGACAACGACCUAUUUUAAUGAGCUUUGGAUAGUUUCCUGUUCUAUAGGAGUUCAGCUCUACCUCGUCUGCCGAUUUAGAGACAAAUAUGUAUGUACGUAUCUACACGUGUAUGUUUCUG